AUGACAGACACAAACCUGAACCAAAACCUUCGUGCCACCUCUUAUCGACUUCAGACAACAGCUUAUGCCAACAGAUGGGGAGCAUCACGCUCACCAACAAAGAUCGAACCUGAUAAUGGUCGCUAUGACGUUUCGACCCCGCACCAUCUGGAAACGCUGUCGAGAUCUAGAGGUCAUUUUAACACCAAGUCAACAACCGACUUUUUGUUUAACCAUAUAGCUAAGCAGAGGUCAACAUCACUUCAGCAGCUGUCAGUCAUUGACAGUGAUCUCAUAUUUGACCACCUGCCGAGCUUCGAGGAUAAGCGUCAGAGCAGUUCUCAUAAACAGUCCUACAGCAGUCAACUGUCAUUUCCUCUAUCUUCAGAAUCUGUAAUGGCUAACCCACAAAACAAAUUAAGACCGAUCACUGCUAGACUCAGUACUACCCAAGCACCAGUUUCAACGGUCAGCAGGCAUAGGCGACGAAGAUUCAGCUUAGAAGAAGAUCCAACAAAAGUGGCAAUGAAGAUUUCUCUACCUUGUACGGGAGGUUGCUGUUACUGCGUCUUCUCGGCUCUUCUAGGCCCAGUGAAAGUUUAUAUUACAAGGGCCGACAAGCCUAAGAAGGAACCACUUUUGCUAAGGAUCAAAGACGGAAACGGAAAGCCAGUUAUUCCUGUAUCAAGGAAAAGUGACGUCAGAGGGUUAGUAUACGACCCUGUUAGUUUCUCAUUACAUCCGCCGGUCAAAGGUCGCCGGCCCAUGGUACAAAAACAAACGGAAACAAAGAAAGGAAUACAUCAGCGACCGAGUCGCCCAUUGGCUGGCCAGUAG